AUAUAAAAGAUAAAAUGUAAAAUAAAAUAGUGUUUGGAGAAUCAUGUUAACUAUAUUUUGAGAUUAACAAAUAGAAUGUGUUUGUAGAGAUGUUUUCGUUUAGGAGACCGGUUAGCAUUGCAGUGCUCAGACUAGUAUGGAUGGUCUUACUGCCUACCUGUGCACUUCAAUACCAAAACCCUAGAUUUCUGUUUGUCACUGCUUUGGGAGUAAACGCUGCGUACCAGAUCUCUAUCAAAAGCGAUCGUUUGUUCCUUAAGCAAUGGGGCUGAUUAUGCAUGCAGGGCCAAACAACAAGAACGUUUACAAGACAUUAAUUGUGGCAGAAUAUGUUGGUGUUGAGAUCAAAAUGGCUGAAAACUUUCAGAUGGGUGUGUCAAAUAAGACUCCUGAGUUUCUUAAAAUGAACCCUAUUGGAAAGGUCCCUGUUCUUGAGACUCCUGAGGGCCCUAUAUUUGAGAGUAAUGCGAUUGCUCGAUAUGUUGCUCGUUUGAAACCUGGGAAUUCUCUUUUUGGUUCUUCCCCAAUAGAAUAUGGCCAAAUUGAACAGUGGAUCGAUUUUUCUACAUUGGAGCUCGAUGCAAAUAUGAGGGGAUGGGCCUUGCCAAUAUUUGAGCAUGCCACCUACAUCAAAUCUGCUGAGGAGAGAUAUAUUGCUGCUGUGAAGAGAGGUCUAGGUGCUUUAAACACUCAUCUUGCUUCACAUACUUUCUUGGUUGGUGAUGGUGUUACUUUGGCUGACAUCAUCAUGACAUGCAACUUUGCAAUGUGUUUUAAAUAUUUGUUUACAAAAAGUUUCACAUCUGAGUUUCCUCAUGUUGAGAGGUAUUUCUGGACCAUGGUUAAUCAACCAAACGUGAGAAAGAUAUUUGGAGAAAUCAAACAAGCAGAAGUUCUCCCUCCUAUUCCUUCAGCCAAGAAACCAGAGGAUAAACCAAAACCCGAGCCUAAAAAGGAAGUCAAGAAAGAAGAAGCCCCUAAACCCAAGCCUGAAGUUGCCCCAGAGGAGGAAGAGGCACCAAAGCCUAAGGCAAAGAAUCCUCUUGAUUUAUUGCCUCCGAGUCCUAUGGUUUUGGAUGACUGGAAGAGGCUUUACUCAAACACCAAAACUAACUUCCGUGAGGUUGCAAUCAAAGGUUUUUGGGACAUGUAUGAUCCAGAGGGAUACUCUCUUUGGUUUUGCAACUACAAGUACAAUGAUGAGAACACUGUCUCAUUUGUGACCAUGAAUAAGGUUGGUGGAUUCCUUCAGCGUAUGGAUCUUGCAAGGAAAUACGCGUUUGGAAAGAUGUUGAUUAUUGGAAACGAGCCUCCAUUCAAGGUCAAGGGUUUGUGGCUUUUCCGUGGGACUGAAAUCCCAAAAUUUGUGAUGGAUGAGUGUUAUGACAUGGAGCUUUAUGAGUGGACCAAGGUUGACCUUUCUGAUGAGGCACAAAAGGAGCGUGUGAAUCAGAUGAUUGAAGAUUUUGAGCCUUUUGAGGGUGAAGCACUUUUGGAUGCUAAAUGCUUCAAAUGAAGAGAAAAUGCUGAUACCCAGCAAAGACCAUAAUAUAGUGAUAUGCAAAGUUCAAGAUGGGCUAAAUUGUAAUAUCGAUAUAGUAAGCAAAAUGUGAAAUGAAAAGCAAGUAGCAACCCAUUUAAGACUAUGCAUUUCAAGUAACAAAGCAAAAGGUGAAUUUAAAGCAAGACAUUUUGUUGUAGCCCUAAAUGACUUUGAUUUUAAUGUUACCAAGUGUAGCAUGUGUAAUAUAUUAG